AAUAUAACGAUCGGUGAGUUUAUGAGCUCCUACAUUAGAGUUGAUCGUUGCUGAUAAAUAAAUUAAAUUUUUUACAUUAAAAUGUAACAACUACAUAUUUAUUGUUAAAAUUAAAUUUACUGUGCUAUACUUUGAGAAUUUUAAAGCUCUUUUUACAAAAUGAUAGUUAUUUUUUAAAAUAUGGAUCAAACAAAAAAACCAAUUGAAGAACUUAUAACGAGCUUCAGAUCUACUUCUACAGUUCAAGAUAUUAUAGAAAAAUUAGAAGGGUGGAACAGAAGUGAUAAAAAUACACCCCAUAUUUCAAGGGAUGCGUUAUUACAAAAAAUCUUACCUCAUUCUGAGAAUCCUCAUAAAUUUAAUGAAAAAUUAAAAAAAAUUGGUAAUGUCAAACUUGCUAAUAAGUUUAUGCAUUUGAUUCAAGAAAUAAGUGAAGAUAAAAAGUUAACAGCUUUUUUAGAAAAAAGAUAUAGAGAAUAUGAACGUGAUUUGCCUAAUUCUGAAAACAUACAGUCCUUGAAAGAUCAAAUUGAAAUACGAAAUGAAUUUCAAAAACAACAACAAAUUAAAUUGAAAGAAAAAGAAAUUUCAAUGAAAACAAAUACUAAUCAUGCAUGUCCAUUGUGGAAAAAUAUUAGAAAAUAUCAAGGAUUAGAUUACUUUGACAUAGUGUCUACUAACACUGAUGUAUCAUCUAUUGAACAAACAUUUAUUAUUGAAGAUAUAUUAUGUUGUCUCCAAGGAUUUCAUGGUCAGUUUAUCAAACCUUAUAAACAUGGUACAAGUAUUAGCUUUAAAAUCAAUGCUUCUAUAGGACCAGAAUAUCAAUGUUUGAUACCAAAAAUAUUAAGAUUAGCUUCAGCUUAUGCUAUUAUUUGUCGUUAUUGUGAAGAAAACCGGCAAGGUCACAAUGGAUAUGUUAAUCAAGCAUUAGCAUGUUAUUUAGAAAAAUUUAUAAGAGAUUACUUAAAUUUCAUAAUAACCUUAGAAAAUCAACAUAAAAAUGGAGAACUAAGUUUGCAAAUAUUAUUUUCUGCUGCAGAAAAACAAAUAUCAAAAAUGGAAUUCAUAUCUGACAUCAUAUCUAUUAUAACAAAGGAUAAAAAAAGAGGAGGUCAAACACUUUCUGUAUUACAUGAAAAAAUGUUGGAAUGUUGCGCUGAUGAAGCACUGAAAAAUCUUUUGGAUGGAAUGGCUCAAGUGUCAACUACUCCAUUUUUUGAUUCUCUUGAAAAGUGGAUGUUGAAAGGACAAAUAUUUGAUCCUUGUGAUGAAUUUAUGAUAAAAUGUGGUAAUCUUAUAUUAAGUGAUGAUACUGAGAAAUAUUGGAAUAAAUGUUACACAAUAAGGCAUGAGUAUGUUCCAACUUAUUUAGAAAAAUAUAAAGAAAUAAUUCUUAGAACAGGAAAAUAUUUAAAUGCUAUGCAUAAUUGUAAACAUAAUGAAAAUUUUUAUUUGUCUUAUAAACCUGCUGAUGAUGAAAAAUUGGUGUAUUCACUAUGGUGCUCAUCCAAUUAUUUACAAAUAAUUAACAACUCAUACAUGUUUGCCAGUAGCACUUUAUUAAACAUGUUGUUAAAUGAUUAUGAUCUCAUGAACAGACUGAAAUCUAUUAAACGGUAUUUUCUUCUGGAACAAGGGGAUUUUGUGGUUCAUCUAUUGGAUGUUUGUGAUGAUGAAUUAAAAAAACCUACAGAUGAUAUUGUUUACAAUAGAUUAGAAUCAUUGUUAGAUAUAUGUCUACGAGUCAAUGUAGGAUGCAUUGAUCAAUAUAAAGAUGAUAUUAAAAUGGACUUAAAAAAAGACCCUCUCAGUUUUCAAAUUUUUAAAAUUCUAUCUAUUCAAACUGAUAAAGAAAAGGAUUAUAUCAAUUUCCAACCAUCUUCAAACUUAUUAGGAAUACAGUCAUUUUGUUUGGGGUUAUCUACUCAAUGGCCUGUUUCAUUAAUAUUUAAUGAAACUGUUAUAUCAAAUUAUCAAAUGUUAUUUCGUUUACUGCUAUUAUGCAAAAAUGUUGAACGACAACUUCUAAAAGUGUGGCUUGUAGACAAAAAACUGAAAAAAGUAUCUUCGUCAUCUUUAACAUACAAAAAAGCAUUCAAUCUCAGACAAAAUAUGUUAUUAUUUGUACAAAACCUUGAAUAUUAUAUGUUUGAAGAAGUUAUUGAAACACAAUGGCAAUCGUUUACUUCUGCUAUACAAUUUAAUGUUAAAAAUGUUGAUGAACUAUUAGAUGAACAACAAAAAUUUUUAAAUUUAUGUUUAAAAAACUGUAUGGUGACAAAUCCAAGUCUAAUGAAAAGCAGUGGAUAUUUAUUAGAGUUGUGCAUGGAGUUUAGUGAUUAUAUAUUGGAGCUUCCUAAAAGUAAUAGCAGUUCAACCUUAGAUUUUCAAAAAAACAUACAAAUUUUGGAAAACAAAUUUACAGCUGCAAUGAUUGAUCUUUUAAAAUGUAUUAGAAUUAUGGGUCAAAUGAAUAGUGGGAAUAUUAUAUGCAACUUUUUGUACAGAAUGGAUUUUAAUGGAAUGUAUACUGAACAAAUAAAACUGGAUGAUUCUUCAUUUUUUACGUAAAAAAUAUAUUUUAUAAACAAAAUAUGUACAUAAUACUUUACAACUAAUUUACAAGAUGUAAAAUAAUUUAAAUUUGUUUUGAGCUGAGCCCAUUAAUAAUAAUACUACUAGGUUAUUGUAAUACUAAUUAUAAAAAUAACAACAAAUAUAUAAUUAUUCUACAUUAAUAAA